AUGUUUCAAGGUUGGGGACUCCCAGGCAUGCGGACCAUGUAUGAAGCGUUGCUCAUUCUUAGAGGGCCCACAGCCGCAGCUCUGUCCUUAUAUCAUGCGAGCGUGUCAUCUAAGGUUCCCAGGAUGCAAGUCCUGUCAGAUAAUGAAGCGACGAUGCACCAGCUGGGCUGGCGCAGCAUGCGUUGCCUGUUCAGCACUCUGCAGUCAUGCGAAUCUGAUGGGUCUGGAAGUUCCGAUUCAUCAGACGAUUCAGACCAUGUUGUCCUCUUAGAUGAGAAGCCAUCCGACUGGGUGGAGCCUCCUGCCAAACGGAGGAAGCUUUCUGUUUCCAAAAUGGGUCAACUCGAGGACGAAAUCAGAGACCUCGAAAAGCACCUCGAGAGGACAGAAGAACUACGUCUCAGGGCAGAACUUGAAUGCAAGAAAAUCAAAGAUCAAUUAGAGCUUCUGAGAGCUUGUCGGGCAGUAUAG